AUGGUACCACUGGUCAUCUGGCAAAUUGUGCUCGGCAUAUCAUUUUUUCCGGAUGAUUUCAUUGCGCUGUUUAUGAACGAUUUCUACGAGCAUGACGGUGCUGCCGGUGAUCAUCCACCGCAGCGGUGUAGCACUCCCGAUAGCAUCCGCUCAUGUGGUGAUGCUCCGAGAACACCGAUUGAGCCAGCAACAGUCACUGAAGAUUACAACUCACUGGAAUACAUACAGCCUUUAUAA